AGGCGGCGCACGGCUUCGGCGGGCACGCCAACCGCCUGCUCGGCACGGCCGAGGCGGCGGCCGCCGUGGAGGCCUGCUUGCGGCCGGGCCCGGGUGCGGGCGCCUGGUUGCUCCAGCGGGACGUCUCGGACUGCAUGCUGCUCGGCGGGCGCCGCUUCACGCUGCGGCUCUACCUCGUGGUGGUCGAGGGCCCGCCGCGGAGGGCGUUCCUGGCGACCAGGGGCCUCGUCUACCGAGCCCUGGAGGGCUCGUGCGCCUCCAACUGCUCCCAGGCGGCCCUCCGCUCCCGCGGCUCGUCCACGGCCGCCGGCGCGGAGGCGUGCCCUGACCUGGAGUGGCUCUGGCGGCACCUCGCGGCGCGGCGCGGGGCCGGCGCCCCCGCCGCGCUGCGGCGCCGGCUGCGCCGGCUGGCGGCGCUGCUGGCCCACGGGCCGCUGUGGGAGGCGCUCGAGACGCCGGUCGGAGAGGUGGCGGAGGCGGGCUGGGCGGCGCCGCUGCGGGUGCCGAAGGUGUUGGGCCUGGACGUGAUCGUGGGGGGCGGCGCAGACGGCGGGGAGCCGUGGCCGUGGCUGCUGGAGGUGAACCGCUUCCCGGGCCUGGGGCUCCGGGCCCCCAGCGACGCCGCGGUGAAGCUGCCGGUGGUCCGGGACGCGUGGGCGGAGGCGCUCGGCAUGGGCGGCGGGGCGGGCGGCUGCCUCGUGGAGCUGGGCCGGCCCGUGCGGGCAAAGAGUGCCAUCGCGGGCCAUCCACUCCUCCUC